AUGGCUGGUCUUGCUUUCCGUCACCUUGACUCGGAUGUCGUCCGCAGGCAGGGCCUCGUCGGCGGUCUGGUCGGAGGCUUACUCGGUGGAGAUUCAGGCUCUGCGAGCGCGAGUGCAGCGGCAGCAACCACAUCUGCGGUUGCUACCUCUUCUGAUGGGGGCCUUCUCGGAGGCGUCCUCGGUGGUGUCACCGGUCUUGUUGGCGGCGUCACCAGCGUCGUCGGUGGUGUCACAUCGGCCAUCCUGCCCUCGUCCGAAACUUCCCCUGCUCCAUCGACAACCCCUCCGUUAACAUCCUCUUCCUCUUCUAGUUCGUCUGGCACGACUACAUCCGCUGCACCCACGACCACUGCUAUCUCCACUACGUCCGCAACUCCAACUACCACCUCAACCCCUUCCUCCACCCAUUUAUCCACCCCUACUCCCACUCCCACAUCACAGACUGUCAUUCAGAGUAGCUCUGCCGGUCAGGUGGUAUACUACACCUCCUUCUUGAACAAUGACACUCCGUCGACUUCGGCGGCGCCAGCCCCUCCCCCAAAGACCUUCCUUGAGAACAAGCCUUUGGAAGGAGGUGUCUUUGCUCUUGUCGGUAUCGUGGUUCUCAUCGUCGUCAUCAUGAUUAUCACCUGUGCUAUGCGUCGCCGGUCUCGCAGCCGUCUCGAAGACGAGAUCAACGAGGCGGUCACCUUCGACCCCGCUGGCGCUAACCACUACAACGACGUUGAGAGGCGAAUGAACUCGAUGGAAAAGUAUAGAUGGAGUGGGAGUUCCUCAGGUCAUGGUCACGGUUUCGGUCACGGCCCGGGCACGGACUACCAGCCCCAGCCUGUUCAGCAGCAAGGGUACUAUAAUCAGUACACACAACAGCCCGGCGCUGUACGUGCGCCCUCGCCAUACCGGACGCCGUCUCCUACCGAACAGUACAGCGUUGCCAUGGGUCACGAUGCGGGUGCGAACUUGAACCGCAAGUUCUCAGAUCGCAAGCCUGUUCCCCCGCUUUUACCCAACCCGGUCUAUGACCCUUACGCGCCCUUGGAUGCAUAUGGCAUGGGACACCACGCCCCGGCGAACGUUCAUGCUAACCUCGUUCCUGCUGCGCCUGCCACCACUGCGCCCACACUGCCCGAUACCUUUGGAGAGUCCAACCCUCCAAUGCUCCAGGUUGCCAACAGGUAA